CACAGCGUGCACGCGAUUAUCAUUAUUAUUAUUAUUAUUAUUAUUGUUGUUAUUAUGCGGAAUACAAUAUUAUUUUACAAUACGCAAGUGAUGUGUGGCGGAGCGCAGUGCGCGUGGUGUGUACGUGCUGCAUACGGAGUGGCCGCUUAUUAGUGCCAAACGUUCGCGCGCUCCCCGCCUGGCGGUCYCGCAAUCGCCAGGUACCUACCUACUACGCACGAUACGUAGUCGUUUUCGUUGCAUAUCAUAUACACGAACUGCCGCAGCGGCUGACCAGACGACGCGAUGGACGGCGCCGUCAACACUGCCACUGCGGGCUGCUGAACGCGGCAAUACCGGAAGACGGCACCGACGGACCGCCGACCGCAUCGUUAAACAGCAGCAGCAGCUAUAACGUCAACCGGCGCGUCCGCACUUCACGGAUCCGACGACCGGCGAUGGACGCGUUGGCCGUCGCGGCAGUGCUGCUGCUUGCGCUGAGGACGGCCGUCCGUGUGGACGCGGCCGCCAACGUGGACAUCGGUCGCGGUGUGGACGUGCUCCAGCGGUUCGGCAUCAUCGGCGACGUGCUGUACGGCGACGUGUCCAACACCAAGGAGACGGUCACGCACGACAUUAUCGACGGCGCCGAACGUUUCACUGAAGUUUUAAAUGURWCAAAAAACCAUACAAAUUUACUCAACAUCACAUUUUGUCCCGAUUUGGACUGCCUAUUUGACGUAUAUUUUGAUGGAUUUCAAGUUGAUCUAUCCGAUAAGCCAUGGAAACUGUUGACAACGAGUAGAUCACGGCAUUUGGUAUCCGAACGUUUUGGUGUACCUGAUAUAGCAAUGGGAUUCGGACAAAAAUUCGUUAUUGUGUCCUAUAGACGACCGGUGAAACGUAUUAAAACAUUUGACAACUUUACACAAGUGGCAGAAUUAAAAUCAACAAUUUCUGAAAAAUUCAAAUGCAUGUCCAUUGGUAUAGAAUCCAUGGURACGGAUUUUAUUACAGAGCAUGGAUCACAUUAUAUCGAUGAAUACACAUUAGGAGAUACUGUCUUCCAGGUGUUGGUGUAUCUUCCGGUGUUCUACAACAAAUUUUACAAGUGCGUGCUGAACAACUGUUCAGAAUCGGAUACGGAGUUGUUGCUGUCGCCACAGUAUACCGAAUACCAGGGACAGGUGAUGAGCGUCGGGUCUAACGCGGUAGAGAAAUGGGUGGACACCAACCUGCAGGUCGAGUCCAAGCUGGGCCACACGUAUAUCAGCUUGUACGCGCUCAAGAACCGACCGGAACUGUGCAACGAGAUCGUCGCGCUCAUGGACGAGCAAUCGGUGGUCGGGCUGCACCUCAAGGUCGUGUCCACGUUCCUCACCGAGCCAGUCAAGCGGAAGUGGUUCACCGAGGUGUUGGACAACCACGUAAAACUACGCGAAGUCAACCUCUGAAAUGAGGAAUACUCCAUUAUUUCUAUAUAUAAUAAUUCAUAAUAUUAUGGAUUAAAUCCACCGAUCGUUAAAAAAUAACAUAAGAAAAUCGAUGGUGUAAAUUGUGUGUACCCUAAUAUGACUGUAGCACAUCGAUGUUCUGCGAGAGAUCGCAAUGCCAACGAAUGGAAAAAAGAACGUCCAACCUAUAUUUAUUAUUUUCGAGCAUAUUAUAAUAAUAUUGUAUAUAUAUUUACAUUGUUCAGUGUUUACUUAAAAAU